UGGCCAAUGGGAAAAUGCGAUAAGUGAAACUGACGAAAUUUAAAAAUUGAGGAGUAAACAGUCCCUGGAGUAAUUGGAUUUACGUUAUACAUUAAUGGUGUUACUUUUCGAAAAUAUUAAUUCUAACCAUCUCCGGUGUUUUCGACAAAAUGGAUGAUGAACUCUCAAAUCGGCAGCAAUUAUUUGCUUUAGUGUCAAAAAAACUUAAUGAUUUUAAGUCGACUUUCUUGAACGAAGAGAAUGCGAGCGCUGAACUGAAUCUUACUAAAUGCCCAUCAUCACUUGACAAUACAGAAAAUGUUAAACAGAUAAUGUUAUCCGGCUCUCCUGAAGAAUGUUUUACAUUUUUGAUGAAAAUUGAAAAGGAUGGAAACCCUACUAUAGAUCCUAAGUUUCAUAAAAAGCUGAUUGACUUGUACAGCAAGUUGUCUGCUUCACUGCCUCCUGAAAAGCACAGCAAAAAUGAAAGCUACGCUCGCAUUUUAAUCAGAUUUGCAGAACUUAAAGCCAUUCAAGACCCAGAUGAAGCACGAGAUGAUUACAAGCUGGCUUCACUAAACAGCAAGGUUUUUGCCUUUGUUCACAUUUGUUACGCACAGUUUGAAUUAUCACAAGGUAAUAGGAAGAAAUGUGCAGCAAUACUGGAAAAGGCAAAAAAAAUAAAUGCAGCUCCUAUUGAAAUGGUGCACUUGGCAAUCUACAAUUUAAAAUAUGGGAAAACACAGCUAAUAGUUUCACCUUCAAAUAAAGAAAAUAAAUCGGAUCCAUCACAUUUCAGCAUACUUGAAUUUAACACCAAUAAUUUGUCUUUUGCAAAUGCUUCCGUGCAUCAUGAUGGACAUGAACAAGUGCGACUUGAUACUGCUGAAAACCAGCUUGAAAAAAGAAAUAUUUCGCCAGAAGGUCAUGAACUUAACAAAGAUGCAGAAUUCAGAAGGAUUCAUAGAAAGCCUGAUGAAUUUCCUGUACCGAGUUUAGUGACUCCAGUAUCUCAAAACAAUUUGGUGAAAUCUGAUGCUCUUGCCCUCAGUGACGGCAUGAAAAGGGUUGAGAAAAGAAAUAUUUCUCCAGACGAAGGAAACUGUGAUUGGAGAGCAGAAUCAAAAUUUAGAAGAACGCUGGACAAAGUUCCUAUGCAGCUUUUAAUGACUCCUGAUUCUGGAUGCUCUUUGAAGAUAUCUGAUAGUUCUGCUCCCAGCCAGAGCAUGAAAAGGCAAACAUCAAGAUCUAAAACCUGUCAGAAGUUUUUGCCUUCUCUCUCCUUAAAUGGUUGUCGAGCAGCAAAUGGAGAUGGUGAUAAAUUUUUAAGCUCAAAGUUUGCUUCAAACAUCAGUCCAGUAAGCACUGUUGAAGACGCUUCUGCAUCUAAUUCUACAUCACCUAUCUUGAGUUCAAAUGAUGACACAAGUGUCUAUAGAAAAACCUGUGUACCUUUGCAAAUAAAUGCAACACCUAUACCAUCAAUUCAAGAUAAGGAAAGCGGAGAAUCAAAUAGUUCUAAAAUGUCCAGUGCCAUGAAUUGUUUGUCAUCAUUGUCAUUGAAUAAUACAUCUGAAUGGAAGAUUCCAGCACUACUAAGUAAACAAGUGUCCCCUGAGAAUAAACCACAUGCUGAUGAGCAUCCUAUUGUGCAUUGUAUACCAAACAAGUUACCUGCACCUCCUAGAAGUGCUUCAGGACUUACUUGUGAUACACCAAGUAAUAAAAUACCCCAAGUUAACAGGUAUUCUACACCAGGUGUUAAUGAGUCUUGUUUGAGGACACAGAUUCCAAAUUCUUCCAAUAAAAAACCAUGGGAAAAAAUAUCAUGUACUUCACUUCAGCAGUCUACUCCAUUUAACCAGAUGAAACAAACACAGCCUCAACCAGAGGUGCCAUUUCAAACAUCCUCUUGUGACAACAUCUCUAUUAAUGGGAAAAGUUAUUCAGUAUUCAAGCAAAUAGGCAAAGGCGGAUCAAGUAAGGUAUUUCAAGUGUUCAAUUGCAGAAAACAGCUGUUUGCAGUUAAAGUUGUCGACCUGGAAGAUGCUGACAAUCAGACUAUUGAAAGUUAUAAGAAUGAAAUAGAUCAUCUUAACAGGUUACAACAAAACUGUGAUCAGAUAAUAAAACUCUAUGACUAUGAAAUAAAUGAAAAUUAUAUAUAUAUGCUAAUGGAAUGUGGACACCUAGAUCUGAAUACUUGGCUUAGAAGCAAAAAAGCAGUGGAUCCUUUAGAACGAAAAUAUUACUGGAAGAAUAUGUUGGAAGCAGUUUACACCAUUCAUCAACAUGGCAUUGUUCACAGUGAUUUGAAACCUGCUAAUUUUGUAAUAGUGGGAGCAACACUCAAACUCAUCGACUUUGGAAUUGCAAAUCACAUCCAACCAGAUGUAACCAGCAUUGUGAAAGAUUCCCAGGUAGGCACUUUAAACUAUAUGCCACCUGAAGCAAUCAAAGACAGUUCAUUCAGUGGAAAACCUAAAUCAAAGAUCAGCCCUAAAAGCGAUGUAUGGUCACUUGGCUGCAUUUUAUACUACAUGACCUAUGGUAAAACUCCAUUUCAGCACAUAACAAGUCAGAUUAGUAAAUUACAAGCCAUUAUCGAUCCAGCACACAAAAUUAAAUUUCCUGAUAUUUCAGAACAAGAUCUUCAAGAUGUGUUGCAGAAAUGCUUAAUUCGCAAUCCAAAAGAGAGGAUCUCAAUCAAGGAGCUUCUGGAGCAUCCUUAUGUACAGCUUCAGGCACAACCAGGGCCAGAGCAGCAAGUUAGUGCCGAAGACUUGAAGCGCAUAGUCAAUCACCUGGCUUCAUUAAGUUCCCCAAGGUCUCUUUUUAGGGCUACAAAUAGUUUGGCGCAGAUGAUCAACAGUCGAAAGGAUUUUGAUGUCGCUGAUAUCAUGAAGCAAGAUGUCAUGAAGGACAGAAAUGAAGGCAAUUAAUGACUUCCUGCUUUCAAGGACUGUAAAAAAAAAUCUGCCACUGUGUUCCAGCUUGCUUAUUAAAACACAAAAAUAUUUCAUGUUCACAGGCAACAGGAUAAUUAAGCUAAAUAUACUUUACAAUCUAUAUAUACUAUACAAACCAGAUGCGUAAAAUACUGUUUUGUUUUCUUUUUUCGUUCAAGAUUGUUGCACUUUGUAUUUAGAAAGAUGUCUUGUCAACUUGCUAAGAAAAAAUACAAAUUAUAUAGUCUGACAGUAAACAGUCAUUUUUUUAAACAA